AUGUAUUUCCACUCCCCGUACGACGUGUUAGACCUGUCAACUCCCGCGUCUCGUGUGGUGCUGACCCUAAAUCGCUUCAGUGCGUUAAGCGUGAUGGAGACAGGCAGCGGGCGUGGUGUCAAAGAUCUCAGUCCUCGUCGACGUAGUUGUUUGUACACUGAUGAGCCUGUACAGGAGCAUCGAAAGGUGUAUAGUGCAAAUACAUGCCGACUCGCCUGCAGAAGUCGACUCGCCAUAAAACUGUGUGGAUGCAAACCCUUCUAUUAUUUUUACGACGAAGGCCCAACAUGCACUCCAGCGGGUAUGGCAUGUCUGGCUGAGCACGCGAGUACGUUGAGCAACAAUGCCGGCGUACGAUGUGUCUGUACGCAGCAGUGUCGCGAUGCGCAAUUUAGGGUGAUGUCUUCAGAAGAUCAGUAUUGGCAAUUCGAGAAAUUUCUCCAGCUGUGUUUUGCUUUUAGGGACAAAGGACCGUUCGUGAACAGAGGCUCCGCCCGUUACACGAUCCAAGCUCCUCGUACCAGAUAUACCAGGGAGAUCGUCUUCCACUUUCAGGAUCUUGUUGGUUAG